AGGAUUUUGUCUCAACAGUGUCAACCCGGUGUAAAGCUUCACCCACAAAAAAGCCAAAGAAGCAAGCGAGAAACAACCAUGACCGAAGGGCUCGUAUGAGAGCCUACACCGACAUGGUCACGGCCAUCGCCGCCCCCAUCGACAACUCCGACGUGAUCGUCGUCACCUCCUCCCGCGACAGGUCCAUCAUCCUCUGGCAUCUCACCAAGGAGGAGACGGCCUACGUUGUGCCACGCCGCAGGCUAAACAGGGCACUCCCACUUCGUCCAGGACGUGGUCCUCUCAUCCGACGGCGAGCGGAGGCAAGGACGGGGUGAUACUGCUCUGGCAUUUUAUAAUCCUAUUUGACACCACUACAGUAGUAAUAAGAAGAAGAGAACUCACACAAUGUCUCCUCGCUCCGAACCCAAAGAAGAAGAAGAAGAAGAACUAGAAAAUGAUGAGCUCUCCGGGAGCGAAGACGACGAUGCUUUGGACGAGGACAUGGAAGCCCUGAGGCGAGCGUGCGUGCUCACCGGAAGAAACCCUAACCACCUUAACAACCACAACAAUUUCUCCACCUCCACUGCCAUGGGAGACUACUCCGCCGGCGCCGCUGAUUCCGACUCUGAUGACGACCUCGAAUUGGUUCGAAAUAUUCAAAACCGCUUCUCGAUCUCUCCUGCGCUAUGCGAGACCCUAACCUUGGAGCCUCUGUCUUCUCUCCCACCCGCCACGUCGGACGACGAGGACGAUUUUGAAAUGCUCCUCGCAAUUCAACGGCGGUUUUCAGCCCAAGCUACCAAUACUUUGAAACAUGGAUUUGGGAGUUCGUUAAAGAAACCUGAGCAGGUUCAUGCCUCUAGUCUAUCCUUGGAGAAGGAAACUACUAACACUUUGUUUGUAAAUAGAACUAAUUCUUGUGAAGGGUUUACAGAUGCUGAAGAUUAUUCUAACACCCGUUCAUUGGGUGAUAAUGGGGGAAUUCAGCCUUCUGGUUUCAUUGAGAGCCAUCAAUCAGAUGCUUGUAAGUCAUCUAUAUUGCCACUUACGAAGUCUUGCUUCCCAAAGUCUGCACUUUUGCUACUUGAUGCCAUUAAGAAGAAUAGAUCCAGUCAGAAGUUCCUCCGAAGUAAGUUGAUUCAGUUAGAAGCGAGAAUUGAGGAAAACAAAAAGCUGAAGGAGCACGUUAAAAUCCUUAAAGACUUUCAGGCUUCUUGCAGAAAAAUAACUGGGCGAGCAUUAUCCCAGAAAAAGGAUCCUCAUGUCCAGUUAAUUUCAGCAAAAAAAUCGUGGGCUUCUAAGGAUACAAAGGCUAGUGAUAAAUCGCUUUCUCCCAUGUGUUAUGGUCCAGUAGAGAACUCUCAUGUUGCUAAUUAUAGAAUAGCAAUCACUAACUUUCCGCUUUCCUUAGAAAGGAAGAAAUGGUCAAAGGAAGAAAGUGAAAAUCUUGAAAAGGGAAUUAGGCGACAAUUUCAAGAAAUGGUGCUUCAAAUUUCAGGGGAUCAUUUUAGUGGUUCAGAGGGAUCUUCUGGAGAUUCAAAUGAUCAUGAUAAGAUCCUCGUCUCAAUCAAAGAGCUUGAAGUUACCCCAGGAAAGAUUAGGGGGUUUCUGCCCAAGGUUAAUUGGGAGCAAUUGGCUUCCAUGUAUUUUGUUGAUCGCUCCGGUUGCUCCAAUCGCUCUGGUGCUGAAUGUCAAGCAAGGUGGUUGAACUGUGAAAAUCCCUUAAUCAACCACAAUCCUUGGAAGGCUGAAGAGGACAAGAAUCUGAUGUCACUUGUACAAGAAAAAGGGAUUAAUAACUGGUUUGAUAUUGCUGGGUCAUUGGGGACAAACAGGACCCCAUUUCAGUGUUUGGCACGUUAUCAAAGGAGUUUAAAUCCUUCUAUACUUAAAAGUGAGUGGACUAAGAAUGAAGAUGCUCAACUUCGCACGGCUGUAGAGGUUUUUGGUGAGAACGAUUGGCAGUCUGUAGCUUCUGCUUUGGAAGGACGGACCGGUAACCAAUGCUCUAACAGGUGGAAAAAAUCGCUUCACCCAACCAGGGAAAGAGUAGGGAAGUGGAUUGCAGAUGAAGACAAACGCCUCAAAGUAGCUGUGAUGCUUUUUGGGCCUAAAAAUUGGAAUAAGUUAGCUCAAUUUGUGCCUGGUCGAACUCAAGUGCAAUGUAGAGAAAGGUGGGUCAAUAGUUUAGAUCCUUCGUUGAAUUGGGGUGAGUGGACUGAAGAAGAGGAUUCCAAGUUGAAUGCAGCUAUAGCGGAACAUGGACAUUGUUGGGCUAAAGUUGCUGCAUCUGUGCCUCCACGUACAGAUAAUCAGUGCCGAAGGAGAUGGAAGAAGCUGCUUCCACAUGAAGUGCCCUUGCUUCAAGAAGCUAGAAGAAUACAGAAAGCUGCUCUUAUAACCAACUUUGUAGAUCGGGAGUCAGAACGCCCUGCCCUUUGUACUAGUGACUUUCUUCCAUUACCACUUAUUAGUUCAGUAUCAGAACCAGAAAAUGUAAAUCCUUGCAGUAAAAGGAAGGGAGGAUUAAGAGGAAUGGCAGCAUCAAUGAAAGAGAAGAAUGCAGCUUUUUGCAAUGUUCCAAGGAAGGUCAGAUCCAAGGAGCGUGAACAACAAUCUCAAGCUUCUUCUGGUACUAUAAAGAAGAAUAAGUAUCCCAAACCACAUUCAAGGAGAAGGAAAUGUACCGAACCAGUUGUGGACAACCUGAGUCUUCUGCUGCCCCCUGAAAGUUUGGAAUCAGGGACAACCAACGGUGAUUGUAUAGAGGCUGCUAUUGAUAAUACUUCUAUAUAUAUAGGGAGAAACCAGAAUUCAACUUGGUCUUCUGGAAAGUCAAUGUUUUCAGGAAUUACUAAUGAUACUGAACAUCCUCAUGAUCAGAUGUCUUGUCUGGAUUCUACAUUGUUAUGUAUAACGAAUGGUGAAGUGGUUGAUUCACCGAAUGGACAUAUUUGUACAGGGGAGAAGAGAGCUAAACUGCAGUCAAAAAGGAAAAAAUGUAUGGAGUUGGCCAAGGAUAGCCACAGUUUCUUGUCGCAUCCUGAAAGUUUGGAGUUCAGGAAAACUGAUGGUGAAGAUGUUGAAAGCUGCUUUGUGGAUAAGGAAAAUAGAGUUUUAAAGAUGCAAAAAAGAAGGAAAAGAAGUAAUAAACCGUCAGGGGAAGGCCACAAUGUAUCUGAUCCUUGCCAACAAGAUGGCCCCAAAAUCUCAACAUGUAGAAACAUUUCUUCUAAGCAGAUUUUAGGGACGGGAGAUGGAGAUGACAUUACGCUUACUUGCUUUCUUCACAAGAAAUCAAAGAAGAGAAGGCUCGAAGUUGCCAAAAAUGCUAAUUUGGCUUGCUCUCCAUCUAGUCUGAAAACAGGUGCUGAUUCAGUUCCCACUGAAGUAGAUAAACUUCAUGAUGGAAAUCAAAUCCUAUCGACACAAGAUGGGGAACCUCAGACAUGCUGUCAUGUUGAAAAUCCUCAUAAUUUGUUACCUUGCGAGCUGCAGUCUGGUCAUUUGGAGGAUAUGCCAACCAUCAUAGAUAGUGACAGUGGGCCUGGUAGACAAGAUCUUGUCCAAGGGAAGAAUGCUGGUCUCCAAGAACCAGUGAGCAUUAAUCUAGAUGGUGAUCCUGAAGAGAGUUACGAUAUUACACUCGCUUGCUUUCUGCGAAAGAAAUUGAAAAAGAGGUGAUAUCAAGUUGCCAAAAUGGCAUAUCAAGCUGGUUCUUCCUUUAGUCUUAAAAAGAUCCAAAUCACUUGCCAGGAGUAAAUAGACAUCAUGAUAGAAAUCUAUCCAUCACGCAAGAUUGGAAUCUCAGACGUGUCGUAGGGUUCACUAUUUUCUCACCUUACAACCUGCAGUCUGGCCAUUAUGAGUAUGUGCUUACCAUCAUGGCUAACAAUGGCGGACCGAUGCUCGACGUGAACCAGUUAGAGAAUCUGUCAACCUGGAGGGUGCCAUUGAGGCUAGUGAUAUAAGUCUUGUUUGAUUUUGGUGAAACAAAUUGAAGUGGUGGCUUCAAGCCAGCAGAAGUAGUAUUCGAAAAACUGUGAGUAGCCACCAUUCGAAACGAAAGGAUUGUAAUGCCCAGAAUUCCAUUUGUCAUCUUGCAAUAUGCAGUUAAACAUUAGUGCACAUUUUUGUUACUUGAAGUGAGCAAUUUUGCCGAGUUACAUCUGUAUAGCAACUUUUUAUACUCUGAUAUUCUUUUCCUGAAUGAGCACCAAAUAGUUAGUGUAUUCAUCGAAUCUACUUUUAA